AUGACAACAAGUCAUGGCUCAUUACAGCCAACUCGGCCAUCUGUACCAAAUCCAGGCACCCACAUUCCAGCUUCAACAUUUGGCCAAAAGGCCUUUAUGAGUCAUGACAGCAUGGUUUCAUUACAAGGCUUAUUACAAAGGGGUCCAACACCACCAUCUGCACCAAAUCCAGGCACCCACAUUCCAGCUUCAACAUUUGGCCAAAAGGCCUUUGUGAGUCAUGACAACAAGUUUUCAUUACAAGGCUCAUUACAGAGGGGUCCAACUCGGCCAUCUGUAGCAAAUCCAGGCACCCACAUUCCAGCUUCAACAUUUGGCCAAAAGGCCUUUGUGAGUCAUGACAGCAUGGUUUCAUUACAAGGCUCAUUACAAAGGGAUCCAACACCACCAUCUGCACCAAAUCCAGGCACCCACAUUCCAACUUCAACGUUUGGCCAAAAGGCCUUUGUGAGUCAUGACAACAAGUUUUCAUUACAAGGCUCAUUACAGAGGGGUCCAACUCGGCCAUCUGUACCAAAUCCAGGCACCCACAUUCCAGCUUCAACAUUUGGCCAAAAGGCCUUUGUGAGUCAUGACAGCAUGGUUUCAUUACAAGGCUCAUUACAAAGGGGUCUAACACCACCAUCUGCACCAAAUCCAGGCACCCACAUUCCAGCUUCAACAUUUGGCCAAAAGGUCUUUGUGAGUCAUGACAACAAGUUUUUAUUACAAGGCUCAUUACAGAGGGGUCCAACUCGGCCAUCUGUACCAAAUCCAGGCACCCACAUUCCAGCUUCAACAUUUGGCCAAAAAGCAUUUGUGAGUCAUGACAGCAUGGUUUCAUUACAAGGCUCAUUACAAAGGGGUCCAACACCACCAUCUGCACCAAAUCCAGGCACCCACAUUCCAGCUUCAACAUUUGGCCAAAAGGCCUUUGUGAGUCAUGACAACAAGUUUUCAUUACAAGGCUCAUUACAGAGGGGUCCAACUCGGCCAUAUGUACCAAAUCCAGGCACCCACAUUCCAGCUUCAACAUUUGGCCAAAAGGCCUUUGUGAGUCAUGACAGCAUGGUUUCAUUACAAGGCUCAUUACAAAGGGGUCCAACACCACCAUCUGCACCAAAUCCAGGCACCCACAUUCCAGCUUCAACAUUUGGCCAAAAGGCCUUUGUGAGUCAUGACAACAAGUUUUCAUUACAAGGCUCAUUACAAAGGGGUCCAACUCGGCCAUUGUACCAAAUCCAGGCACCCACAUUCCAGCUUCAACAUUUGGCCAAAAGGCCUUUGUGA